GGGAUGUUGAUGAUCAAGUUAUGUUAAAUUUAUUCAUAAGAGUGUCAUUUGAUAGAUACAGAUAGGAUCCAAGGAAUAUAGUCCUCCAUCCAGCAGCCUAACAACCCACCCAAGGGCUUUUGAACUGCUAACAUUUAAAACCACUGCAGUAUCACACACUUAUGGAUGAGUCCAGCCAUAUUUUAAGCUUCAAAGAAAAUGAGGUUAAGGAAUUUCUUCAUGCAUUUUUCUGCAAAAUAUCCUAAAGAUGGAGAGCCAUAAGAGAAAUGUUAGAAAUGGAAGGAGUUUUUCUGCAGACAGCCAAUCCAAAUUACUGAUUCAAAAUCCAAUGAAAUCCUUCCAAGAGACUCUGCAAAAUUGCUAUGAAGGGGUUGUUGAGUAUAUGGAUGUAUGGAAGAAGUUUGAUGGGGCUGGUACCCAUCUAGUGGACUCCUUCUGUAACAGUCUGUGUGAAUCUGACUACCAUUAUCUGGGGCUGGAGACCAGUCAAGCUUUUAGCUUCAUUUACACUAGCAGCAAUGGAAUUGAUCCUUCUGGAAAACUGAGAGAGAUAGAGAAGCUUUUGAUUGGCCUUAGGAGUCAUCUAGAGUCACUGGAAAGUGUGGAGAAAACCAAGUCUCAUUUACAGGUGCUAUGUCAGUGUGUUCUAUUGUUCCUCAAGGUGCAGUCUGACUACCAUCAGCUGUGUUCUGUCACCAUAUCAUCACUGCUUGACAAACUAGUCCAAAAAUACAAAACCACAGAUACCAAAGAUGUUCUUCAACAAAUGACUGACCUUGACCUUGUGGCAAGGGAUUCCCCAAGUCAUAGUUUUUCUUCCUCCAAAAAGAAGAGUCCAUCUGCCUCUCCAAAGCUUCCAGUCAAACAAAAUUUAAAAUCUUCAUUUUUUUCCUUAUUUGAGAGGAAAAAUGUGGAGAGUGAUGGUAAUAGUGCCUUUUACGUAGAUUUAGAGAAACCAAGUACAGAAACUUUACAGGGGCAAAGUCAGGUGCUGAACAAACCAGAAAUUUUGGUGCAAAUUGGACUUGAUCCUGUUCAAGAAAAUACGAAACCAAACAUUGUACCAGCAUCUAUAGAUGAUGGUAUUCUGUUGCCAGAAAUCACAACACAAGACUUGGAAGAGAAAAACCCUCUUGCCACUGAAGAAGAGCUGGACUCUGUUGUGAAUUUACUCUCAGGGAUUGUUGCACCGAGUACUCAGAUGCAGACGAUCCAUGAAAAUCACCUGACUGUGCCUUCUCUUUACCCGUCUCGGAAUUCCUCCCCUGGACUCGGCUUCUCUUCCAGGUUUUCUUCCAGGACACCCUCACCUGGUGGAAGUGAUGACAGCUCGAGAGCAGGUCAGGUCAAAGGUCAGAGAAGGUCAGAGGGGUCGAUAGAUUUUACAGGUGUGGCUCGAGGAAACACCUGGCCUCAUCGCUCAAGUCUUCCAUCAAGUCAUCUGGCGAGUUCUCCUGAUGGCGGACAUCACAGUGCCACCAUCCCAAGACGAUACUCAAAGGAUCCUUAUUUAGGCGGAAGACAUCUCAUGAAUAUGCCUAGCACUGGUCAUCCAUCAGCAGGAUUUCCAUGGGGAUAUCCUGAACCUAAAUAUAGACCCUGGGUAACCAAAAGCUUGCCUUCAUCUCAAGGUUCUGACAUUUUACACAGCAGCUGGUCUGCCCUCCAGGAUUCUGACGACCUGUCUGACGACUCCUCCAGUGGGGAGCCAUUCUUUGCCAUGGGGCUGGACCUUGUGAAUGCAUUAGAAGCAAAUCCGUGUGGAAGCAGUGAUGAGGAUGCAGACAAUCAGAAAGUUUUGGGGCAGCAUGACAAACACUCAACCAACACCUGGCCCCCCAAACAAUCCUGGUCACAAACUAUUCAGGGAGGGACUCCAAAUCAGAAGCAGCCAGAGAAGGUACCAGUUCACCGUCCAGUGUCCAUGCAGUGGAGUGAUCCCCUGGCUAAUCGUACACCUUGGCCAGGUUUAGGUGCCUCUCAGAGUAUGCAUGGAUUCAGUUCAACCAAAUGAGAAAUGGAGAUCAAACAGAGGAAAAUGCUUAAAGAAUAACCUAGACAGAAGAUUUAUUUUGAUACCAUUGCUGAAGUUUUGCCCACCAUCCACCUAGCAAGCUUACCCCAAUCCAACAUGAAACACUCGACAUAGAUACCACAAUCUCACAAGAACCACUUAGCAAUGAUGCUUCAAUCUCACAUUAACCUUUAUUCAAAACCUUGAUAUUCAGUAUUAAUUUGAUUGUAGCAGGUUGAAAUGCAAUAUAAAUGUAUGUCUACAUUCUUCUGUUGAAUUGCUGAUAUUAUUUUUAUCCCUAUGAUAUUCAGGGCAUUUUUAUUAUGUAAUACAUGUGUGCUUUUUUUUUUUUUUUUUUUUAUACAUAUGACCAUCUUUUGAUGGGUUGUAUUAUGGUUUUGGACUUAACCUAUUUGUUCAUAAAUUUGUCAUUCUGUCUGUUAGUUUUUUCAAGUGUAUGUCAAUUUUCUUUUUACUUUUUGAGGCAUAAGACCAGGUUUAGACAACCAAUUUUUUAAGUGGAUUUCUUGCCAGAAAUUGAUAUGUUAUAAUGUCCACAAAGUUUCCAACAAGGUGGUCAUGAUAUGGACCUUUUACUUACUUGUAUGAAGUCGUUAGAAAACACCAUGCUACUACAAUGAAGUGUGUCUGAGUCUGGUACAUGUGAUAUAAUUGAUGUCUGGUUUAAAUUCUGUAUUAACAUUAUAUGUUAUCUACCACAGACAUUACAAAAUAAAAUGUCUAAUCAAAUGUAUGGAAAGUAGUAAGCUCAAACAUUCAUGAUACCUAUGUUUACAUUGGAGUGAACACUUCUGCAUAAUUUCCAUGUUUUGACACCUCUACCAAGAGCAAUUGAAAAUGUUUUUAUCAAGCAUGAAAUCUUUAAUGUUAAUUCAUCUUUGAAAAAAAAAUUUAGUAGUGAGUGUUUUUCUUAGUGCUAGUCAUGCCUUCAUAUUAAGAUACCAUUUAUCAUCAUUCAAACAUUGUCAGUGGACUUAUGUUCAGUCUUGGUGCACCUGAAGUACUUAAGGAUAACCCAUAUUUUUGAUGGGCAUAUUAUGUGCUAUUGCUUAGCAAUGCUUGCACACCUUUUUUUGGCCAUAAAUUUAAACCUGGACAGGAGACAAACGUAAACCUCUUGCCAUUUGUAUUAUUGUGUUCAAUUCUGUAAAAAUCAGAAUGCUUGAAAUUUUAAACUGUUCAUUGCUCAUUAUUUUUAAAACUUUUCAGUAUUUAAUUUUUGUCUGCUAAGAUCGAAUAUUAGGGGUAAAUUGAACCUGGUCUUUGAGUAUUUUCUGAACAACUAUUCAUAAUUUUAACUUUUUUUUGCAAAACUCUUGAUCUAUAUGAAAUACUUUAUUAGCAAUUUGUUCAAUGAAAGGUCAAAGUUAUACAAUUCAAAAGUAAAUCUGAUAGCUUCUAUAAGAAUUUGCUAAUAUAACAAGGGAUGUUGAAUUUCACAAACAUGCUGUCUUGUUAAAAAGUUUUUGAAUAAUGUUUUAAGUUAAACACUGCUGUGUGUUGUGUUUUUACACAGCUUUAAAAGGUACAUGUAAUAAAAUGUCGAACUCAUGCAUAUACAUCUUUACAUAUUCCCAUAUGUAGGAAGUAUAAAUAUUCAAACACAUUCUAUAUAAAACAAAAAAAAACUAACUUUUGAUGCCGUGUGACAUUACUUUCAUAUUUGAUAUAGAUGCCUUUCAGUUUCAGCAAUAUUCCUAGAUCAAGAUCAAGCCAAAAUUUCAUUACCGGGUAUUUUUGAAUUCUUAAUUUUUAAAACUUUUUUCAGCUUUCAUAUUAUAUUUGGUUCUCAUACAUGUAUUAUUACUGCAAUACUUCUCUGCAGCAUGACAUCUCCUUUCUCAGACUGAUGUAUGCAUGGUGAAAUUAAACAUUCUCCUCUGCCAAAAAGCUUUGAUUUACAAUUUUGUUCUCUUGUUGCUAAGUUUUUGAUUUUUACUUAAUUAAGGGAAACUUGUUCCCAUUUUCACUUUGACAUUUCUAGUAAAAUGCUCAUUUACAAAUACUUACGAUGUACUGUUAUAGAUCUAUGAGAAAUAUGCUAUUUGUGAUUGUAUUAUAUCAUGCUGUUUGUGACAACAGGUUGUGAUGAUAAUUCUUAUAUGCUGGCCAAAUGGAAUUUCAAAGUCAGGUGAACAUAUUCAUAUAGUCUUUUAUUUAUAAUCAUUUAAACUCAAAUUCAAUCUGGGGAGAUGUAAUAGAAACAUCUUCCUUUUCAUAUGUAUAGAGAUAUAUGUACAUGUAUUAAACAUGUAUGUGUAAACUGUAGAUGGUACAAUUUACUUUUCUGUUAAAUGUCUCUCUGUAAACUCUCCACCUUCUGUCAUAAUAACCUUUCCCCCUUCCCCCUGAACAAUAAUAGGUUUGGAUUUGACUUGAGUGGUUUUUGAGAAAUAAGGGUUUUCAUUUAGGGGAUCGAGGCGGGAGGUGAUGUUCAACCAAUUCAGUAGUCAGAAUUUGUUUCAUAAUUGGCAAUUAAACUAUUGGAAAUAUUAUUUUAAAACGGCCUCUUCAAAUUGGCAUACAGUGGACCUUCAGAUAUCCGGACCCCAGAUAUCCGGAUGCUGAAGCAGUAUCCAGACAAUUUUUUGUUGGUACAGAAUUUUUAAAUGUUAUUUUGUCUUGUUUAACUGAUGAUUCAGGUAUACGGACGCUUCACAUAUCCGGACAAAUUGACUAGAAACCAAAGUGUCUGGAUAAAUGAGGCUCCACUGUAUAUCCCUCCCACCUUUUUCUGUAGAAAAAAAAUGUAGUCUUCAUUUGAUUCCUAAUUGUCCCUAAAGAGAUGAGACAUCUUAAGUAUACAUAUAAUUCACUGAAUAGGAGUUGUAAACUUAGGGAGCGUGAAUGCAAUGUCAAUAAAAUAAAUUGAGCUCAUAAAUUCUUUUUAAGGAAACUAAAAAUUUUUUAUGCAGAUCACUAAGUGCUAUUUAUUAAUACACUUUAGCAAUAAAUAAAUUCCAGAAUGUAUUUGUGCUAUUUAAAAAUGCAUAGCAUUUUGUUCCCUUGCUGUAGAAAUCGAGUUCUUUAAAUUUUUCUGGUGACUGCUAUUUAAAGAGACAUGAAAAUGAGAAAUGCAAUUUUCAUUGUAAUAAUGUAUUUUUGUAUUAACCUUGAUUUAAAAAAAAAAAAUCUAUUUAUAUCCCGUUAGUUGGAGGUGUGUGAUUUAUAGAUAUUAAGUUCAUGGGGUUUUUUCGCAUUCGAUGUGUCAGGGUAUAAAAAUAAUACUGUGGAUCUUUUAAUGCUGUUAAGUAACUUUACAUUUUAUUUCCUUUUACGUUUGAUCUUGUUCAUUUUGCAUUCAGGAUUAUAACUUUUACUUAUCAAUCAUCAUUGAAAUGAAUUACAACUGUUACAUGGUGCUUACAAAGGUAAUCUGUCUCAAGGUUUUGUACGGGGAAACUUUUCAUCUUUGAUAAGUUCAUAAUGAAUGCAAAUCAGGGUGCUUUGCAUAUUUUUUUUUAUUACAUUAAGGGUGCUUUUACAGUUCAACGUAUCACCCGAUCACUAGAUAUUAUUAUUAUUAUUUUUAAUACCUGUAAAAUGUGUAACUUUUUUAAGUUUGAGGGUGAAAAAAAGGUUGAUAUAUUUUUCAAAUGAAUUACAUGUAGUAGCAAAGUAGUUUUAUUAUAAAUAAAUUCUAUAUUAAAAGUAGAGAUAACCUUGACCUGGCUUUGGUUCAAGGAACAUACCAGGGUAGUUAUAUUGUAAACACACAUAAAAUAGGUCAUUCAAAAAUAUCUUCCCCAAUAUCUUAUUAUCUAAAUUAGGGGGAUUGGAGCCAAGCUUCUUGAUAUAUAUGUAUUAGUUGGAAUCCUAUACAAUAAAACAUGCUAAAAGUGAACAUGUUUAAAAUGAAUUGACACAUAUAGUGAAGUGAUUUUUCCCCCUUGAAUUUUAAAUUUAUUGUGAAGCUAGCAAUGGUACUUCAUUAUACAUGUAAGCAUAUUUUACUGUAUUAGUGUGUGACUGAAAUAGAAGACAAAAAAAGGAUGAUUAAAAAAAAUGGUUACUGCUAAAUAUGAUGACAGUCACUGUGUGAUAUUUGAGUUUUAUCUAUAUAAGUGAAUGAUAUAGGAGAUAUUCACGUUGUACAGGCAGAUAAUGAGCAGGAUUUAACUGUAAUUGGGAGAUACCUGUAGAUUGUAUGUCUGUCAAGUUACAGUUGUAAAAGGUGUAAAGCAAAUGAAUGAUUACUAACAAUGUCUUGAAAUAUGCUUCUGAUCAAUGUAAUAUUGCUAAAAUUUUGAUAGUUGGGUGGAUCCUGCUAGUUUUUUUUUCUGUUCAUUGUCAUUCAUUACACUUUGUAGAAUGCAAUUAAGACUGAUAUUAAUUCACUGAAAAUUCACAUAAACAGAAAAAACAUAUAUAUGUAGUUCAAAACAAAAAGAGACAAUUUAGUGUAAUUUUUGCUAUAUUGCAAAGAUUUUAGAAUGUAUGAGAUUAAAAGUAAGUUUAUUGAAUAAUUAAUAAGCUGCACAUUUGUCACAGUCAAAAUUCGUUUUAAAUAUUUAUUGCAAUUAUUGUUUUCUUAGUAGUGUCAUUUCAAUAUUACUUUUCUACGAGUCAGAUUUAAGUAUUAGAUGAUUUCAAGGUCAAAAGCAAUUAUUUUGUACAAGUUGUCAAAAUUCAUAACACCUGUCAAAACCAAAUCAUUUUGACCUAUGUGCUAAAGAAUGUAUAUGUUUCAAUAAUAAUUUGAUUGGAACAUUAUUUUUGCAUAUUUUAUGCUUAUCCAAUUUAUUUUACUCCAUUGUUUGAUUUUUGUUUAUGUUUAUACACAAAUAAUAGUAUUAUAUGCAGGUCAUACAGUUUACAAUAAUAUGGAGAGUUAGAUAAACAUGAAUUCAAUAAUAAUAAAGUUGCAG